UCACUCUAUGUAUCUGUAGCUCCGCCUCUUCCUCUCAUUCUGUCCCACUCUGUCUCCCUGCAAAGAUUCGGUUCAAAUUUAUUUUAUUGGCUGCUUGCGUCUCCAAGGAAACCGUCCUGAAACCAUGUGUUAGACCAGCUGUAACAGUAUACAGGAAGACUAAGAUGUUGGCACCACUGAAGUAUCUGGGAUUUCUUCUGAUCCUCUCCUGCUGUUCAUCAGAAGAGCCACGUGUCCUAAAAUUUGUUGUGGCUGUGUUUAGGCAUGGCGAUCGAUCCCCCAUAGAGUCUUUUCCAAAUGAUCCUCACAAAGAAGAAGUGUGGGGUCAAGGCUUUGGACAGCUGACUGAGUUGGGGAUGAGACAGCAAUAUGAGUUAGGAAGUUUUCUGAGGAGACGCUAUGAAAGAUUCCUCAGUGCAGACUACAACAGUAAAGAGGUGUAUGUGCGCAGCACCGACUACGACCGCACGCUUAUGAGCGCUGAAGCCAAUCUGGCUGGGCUGUUUCCCCCGAAUGUUCGUCCUCCUCCCAUCCAGCCCCAACUACUGUGGCGUCCGGUCCCAGUACACACUGUCCCCAGGUCCCAGGACAAGUUACUGAAGACACCCUUUAAGCACUGCCCCAGGUUCAGAGAUUUGAUGGCCGAAACCUUUCGAAGUGAAGACUACCAGAGAGUCCUCAGGAACUAUAAGGGAUUCAUUCAAGAAUUGUCAAACCACACUGGCUACCCGGUGGACAGGCUGGCAGUGAGGAAAGUUUGGAGGAUCUAUGACACCCUCUACUGUCAGAGAAUUCACAACCUGACAGUCCCAUCCUGGGCGACCCCGCGAGUGUUUAACACUCUGGAGGAAAUCGCAUCCUUUGAGGUCAUGUACAGUGUCUUCACUCACAAGCGCAAAGACAAGGCCAGACUGGCGGGAGGGAUGCUGCUGAAUGCUAUCCUGGGGAAUUUCACAAGCACUAUGAAGAAGGAGAGCCCACUCAAACUGAUCAUGUACUCAGCUCAUGACUCCACACUAAUCACUCUCCAGGCUGCCCUGAAUGUGUACAAUGGACGAUUGCCUCCUUACGCUUCCUGCCAACUCUUUGAGUUUUACCAGGAGAAAGAUGGAUCAAACUCAAUUGGUUUAUUUUACCGAAAUGACUCGAACCAUGACCCCUAUCCAACCCCUGUGCCUGGCUGCCCUACCAACCCAUGCCCAUUAACUACCUUCUUUGAGGCUGUGAGUGAUGUCAUCACACAGGACUGGGAUGCAGAGUGUGGACUUAAACAGGCCGGGUCACAAUCCAGUGUGAUUUUGGCUCUUGCAGUGGCUGUGGGUGUCCUAGCUGUGGCGCUGCUGGGAAGUAUAUUAGCCUUUAUUUACAGGAGACAGGAUUACCACUCAGUGGAAAAAUAGCCCCACAGAAACACUUUUUAUAAUGCUGCUGCAAUGUUGUUUUGUGAAAAUAUUGCUACUAUUUUAUAGCAAUGCUGUGAUAAGGCUAUGCUAACUUGGUAAAGCGAAUGAAGUGGAUGAUUCACAUGAGAUGAGAUGGGAGAGAACUGAGUGAGUUAUUUGUGGGUGUACCUGCAGUGCCUAUGUUUUAACCUGCCUGGCUGUGGUAACACAGAAACAUUACUUGAUAUGAAUCUAACUGGUUGUUUUUCAAUAUAUCACUGACUGAAGAAUUAGUUCAAAUUUUUUAAAUAGGGUAAUUUCAAAAUGAAUUGGUAGAUAAAUUAGAUUUUAAUCAUUUUAAUCUGAAUAUGCUUAUUUAGUUGUUAAUCAAUUUUAAGUGACUUUGAAUGAGACAUGCUACAUUUCUUCACUGUAAACUGCUCAUAUAAAUGCAUGGCAAUUUAUUUAUUGAUCAUUGACCUUUGUGAUAUAAUUGCAAAAAAUCAAUCAAAUGCAGUUUUUCGCUCAGUAACAGCAAUAACCACAAGUCUUCAUCAACAUAAUUUAGUCUAAAAUGAUUUCUUAGUCUUUGUU